AUGGACAGAGUUCAGGAAUUAGCCCUGGUUCCCGCAGCUAACACGCGGACGGACACCAGCACUCUCAACAUCCUGCUGCUAGGGCCAACGGGAGUUGGCAAGUCAACAUUCAUCAACGCGCUCUGUAACUACCUCAGUUAUCCUUCUCUCGAUGAAGCGCUUGAGGGUGACGUUAAGAGCCUUAUAUACUCUGGGUUUACAUUAUCGAGCUUCGAGAACCGAAAAAUUGUAAAGAAAACUGUUUCUGUUGGGAAGCGAGAUGAGGACGAGGGUGCGGCCAGCCAAGGUGCAUCGUGCACUCAGAAGUGUAAGGCUUACAAUUUUAACAUUCAAGGGACCCAGUCGAUACGGCUGAUCGACACUCCCGGAAUUGGGGACACCAGAGGUUAUGAUCAGGAUGUCAAGAAUAUGAAGGAUAUCCUGUCAUUCAUCUCCCAGUAUGAGGUGCUGCACGCUGUCUGCAUACUUCUCAGGCCAGAUGAAGAGAGGCUUACGAAAUCUCUCAGGUACUGCGUUGUCCAUUUGCUUGAGAAACUUCACAAAGAUGCUUCAAGCAAUAUACUCUUCUGCUUUACGAACUCGAGGAAAACGUUUUAUCAACCUGGGAACACUGUGGUCCUUGUUGAAGACAUGCUGAAACCGAAAUCGCAUGAUGAUUUUAUCGAGCUGAAUAUAAAGCUGGAUGAUCAAAAUACACUCUACUUUUUCGACAGCGAGAGUUUCCGAUUCUUAGCAGCUAAGAAGAACGACAUCAAAUUUCCAGAUAAGGAGACCGACAAUUUCAAGUCAAGUUGGACGCAAUCAUCAGAAGAGGCAGUCAGGCUUAUCGGCCACAUCGCAUCUCUGGAACCUCACUACAUACAGGAUACGCUGGCUCUGAACCGUGUAAGAGUCAUGCUGGAAACAAUACAGAAACCGUUGUGCAAAAUUUCGGCUAAUAUUCAGGCGAAUCUCGAAGAAACCAGGAAGAUUCGGAAUGAAGUGUCCGAAACAUGUGAGAAUAUCAAGAACUAUGCAAAACAGUUGGUCCGAGCAGAAGUAUAUGAGGAAACUUAUCCUCUAGACCAUCCUAGAACAAUCUGUACUGAACCCAAGUGCAAAGAUAAAGUCUGUCAUGACAGAUGCAGUAAUAUGGAGACGGCUUUUGGAUUGCUUGACUCAGUCGGGAAGCUCCCACUUGCAAGAGAUAUCGUAUCUGAACUCAUAGAUAGUGCUUUGCCAGUUCCCAUACUCAGUAUAAUUUCCAAACAUUUGCCCCCAGCUACAAUCCCAGUACUCUCGAACUUAGGUGUUGAAGAUGCUAAUGGUGACGCUAUAUUCUGCAAUAAAUUAUCUUUUAGGUCCGAUAUACAAAAGGUUAUUGAUGAAAGCGAUAACGAUAUGCAGCAAAAAACGAAGAUCUUGACGAUACUAGUGGAGAAGGAGAAGUUUUUCAAGACCGAGAACGAUGUUGUUCUGAACGCAGCUGCGCUCUAUUCUGGCUUCUUAGAGCAGAACAGCAUCAUCACGUAUCACAGCGCCAUCCCGCAGUACCUCGAUGAACAAAUCAAGAUGGAACAGCGCGAGGGCAAUACUGCACGAGUUGCAGAACUUCGAGGCAUGCUUACCACUUACGAGGACCAGGUGCGCCAGUUCAAGCUCACGAGGGCAGGGAUUAACUCAGGGUCCAGUCGAAGCAUGGAUGUAUUGACCCAAGAGGAUGUGGACCUUGAGGUCCAGAAACUCUAUAGGCUGGAGCUGCAUGGCUCCCAUUUAAAGGCUUGGAUGGACAGUGUAGAGAGCGAAGCCCAAUUCGAAAGACUUGAAGAAGUGAAACGAACUGAGGCUGCAUUCAAUUUACCAAGUGCUUCAGGCGGUGCUUCAGGUUCAAGUUUGGGUGGACGGAUUUUGGAGUCAAUCAAGUGUAAUCCACGUCUCGGUUGUCCACCUCAAGGCUAA